AUGUGCCCCUAUGAUUCGUUGACCAUCGUCCAUUGUGUACACACUGUCACGUCACUUUUGACUGCAAAUGUUGGGGAGACAACCACGAAAAUGCCAAGUGCAGCACAGGCGACUGCCAUUGCAGCUGCGGUGCUGUAUGGGAGUCUCUCAUUGUCAAUGGCAUUUGUCAACAAAGCUGUGAUAAGUCAAUAUAAAUUUAAUUACCCAUUCUUUCUUAUGGCAUGUCAGAUGCUGUUAACAAUGUGUGUCCUUGAGGCUUUGCGUGCCUUAGGAAGAGUAUCUUUGCCACCACUCACUACUGCAUCUGUAAAAGUUUUCCUUUUACCAUCCUUGUGUUACUCUUUGCACGCUACUUUGUCUCUGUUAGCGCUUGAAGGUAUGAACAUUCCAAUGUAUGGAGCUUUAAAGAGAUGCACCCCACUACUCAACCUGGUAUUGGCAGUUGUGUACCUUAAGAAGCCGCUGCCGUCACCUCUACUUAUUACGUCAGUCUUCACCAUCACAUUUGGGUGUUUAAUAGCUGGACUUUCUGACCCAAGUUUUGAUGGGUUUGCAUAUACUAUGGGAAGCUUAAGUGUUGUGACACAAGCAGCAUACCUUACACUGGUUCAACAGUGUGGAGAGAAUCAGUUCUCUCCUCUGCACAUCCUUCAUCUUAAUAGCUGCAUCUCCUUCACUCCGUUUAUGCUCCUGACAUUAGCCUUUGGAGAGGUGGAGAAAGUUUUGAAAUUUGAAAAUUUUAAUGAUACAAGAUUCCUAAUAAUCUUGCUGGUGCUACUAGUAUUCGGCCUUUCGCUUAAUUUCUCGCUGUUCCUGUGCACAAUGCUCAACUCAGCCUUAACUACCUCUAUUAUUGGUGUUAUCAAAUCUGUCCUCCAAACAGUCAUUGGCUUUUUUGUCUUUGGGGGUGUGGUGUUUGAUCCUGUUAAUUUAACUGGCAUUGUGUUAAACACGGUGGGAGGCUUCAUGUACACAUAUACAAAAUACAAGGAGGAAUGGAAAAAAAGAGUUAAAAUAGACCUAGGUGAUGCUGGAAUACAACAGACUGGGUGGGAGCUUAAAGAAAAGCUUGGAACUAAAAGGUGAUGAAGUUGCACCUUGACAGAGUGAAAGUAAGUGCUGUGGAUGUUUCUAUUUGUGUGUUUAUGAGUUGUGUAAUUAUUUAGAGACAAUGUUUCCAAAUGGAAAAGGAUAUUUUUUUUAAGGAUUAGAAAUCCCUGUGCAGUAUUUAUAUGAGAUAAAGUCUGAUAUUUCAUAUAGAAAACUAAUUUAAUGAUUAUAGAAAUAUCUGGGGGUAUAAGAAACAGUAUAUUAUAUUCUUGAGACCAGACUCAAGUUAUGAAAAAAAUAUAUUAACAGUAUUUUAACUUAAGUACUAACAUAUUCUCUGCUAGGUCAGCCAAAUAGUAAAAACAAGAUUUUGGAAAAAAAAGGAAAGGAGUGAAAUCUCAUGGUAUUUUAUGUUAAGUUCUGAUUUUUAAUACUGGUAGUAUAUAUUCUAUUGAAUGUCAAGUUAUUCUUGAUUUUAUUCACAUGGAAUAAUAUGACAGUACUAGUGAUUAUAAUAUGGAUUGGACUGUUGAUAUUUUUCCACAUGGUUAAGUAUUAAUUGUAUGAUAUGUUAACCCAAAGAUGACUUCUUUUCCCAUGGCAUAUUAAUCAAUGUGUCUGUCAACACAUUCAGAUAUAUAUAUAUAUAUAUAUAUAUAUAUAUAUAUAUAUAUAUGAUUUUGGCUGUGGCAUGCAACUUUUUUUAAGGAAAUGAGGAUAACAUACUUGAAUUCUCCUUGAGGGGCUGCAUAUCCUCAGUGAUUGAAAUCAGGGCAAUGCAAGUGCACACAGUACAGAGCAGGCUGAUUGCCCGUGGCAGGAAUACUUGCCACCAUUUCAGUUAGGCCUGAUUUUUCAUGACAAGAAUAGAAUAGUCUGUUCAUUAACUGAAUUUUGUAAAGAAAUUGAGGCUUAAUUUGAAGAAUAUUAAAGAUUUGAUUUGCAAGAGAUAGAACUGCACAUUAAUUUUAUCAGAAGGCUUUUUCUCCAUAUUGCUACAGGCUGUGUACUUAUAUAGUGCAGGCAUAGGGAUUAUGGUUUGGUUGUUUUCAGUCUUCAUCAUAGGUUGUGACAAGAGCAUUCAAAAGUAGUGACAUUGGUUGUGACAAGAGUAUUAAUAUAUAGUUUUGAUAUAGUAAUGGGAGUCAGAGUAUUUUUCAAGACAUUUCAAGAAUGUUAAAUGGUUACUUAUACAUAUAUAUUUUCCAAGUAUUAGGUUUAUGGCUUAAAAGAAAAUAUUAACAUGAUUUGUUUCGGUGCAAUUUACACAUCUAAGGUAUGCAUUUUUAUUAUAUAGUGAUAUUGCUGUACAAUUCCAGUAUUUUAGACAUGACAACUUUCAUUUGCAUAUUUUUUUCUAAUGCAGCUAUGUAAACCAGCUCAAAAGAGGUUCAUAAAAGUAGAAAAGAAUUAAAAUAAAUAUCUUCACAAUACAAAAGAUGAAUUUGACUGGUUUCAAUUAUAUCUUCAUCAUGUAUUUCUGAUGAAGAUAUAAUUGAAGCCAAUCAAAUAAUCUCUUUUAUUGUGAAGAUACUCAUUUCUACUCGUUCUCAUUCACAUCUUUUUUACAUUUGUCACAAUGAAUACGGUUCAUUCAUAGAAGUCUGGAGGAAUAAUUGGGCUCAACUGUAUUCCACAAGUUAUUCUGUUCCACAGUUUUAAGGACAGUGAAAGUUUUCUCAAUGGUGUAAUAAUCCUAGAAAAUGCAAUUGUUCCAGUGUGAGGCUUGGUUGUAAGGCAUAAAGGAAAUUUUACUGCACAGUGUAGAGAUUGACCAAAAAUAUUUAUAUUGUUGAUUUUGAAGGUUGAAGGGUUUUAUCAUUGAGUUUUGUUAAGAGUGUUUGAUUUUAUCACAAUUUAAAAGUUAUCUUAAAUUGAAUAUUUUCCUAAAGUAAUUGAGGUUGUUUUGCUCAUCUCUGCAAGGAUUUUAAUACUUGCAAGAUGAGUAGGUUGAUAAUUUUAUUGUUGAACAAAUGGUUGAUGAAUUUAUUUUAUAUUAACUGAACAUAUGGAGUUAUGUUCAUGUGUUUAGAGAAUUGUAUAAUUUGAAAUGAGUUGAAAGGAGAUCCAUAGACAUUCCUUGUAGGUAUUAAACUUGGGCUUAGCCGUUUUUAUGUAUUUUCUUUUCUGAUAUAUGUAUAUAAUUGCAAUAGACCCAGAUGAAGGUUCAGUGAUGCAGGUACCAUGCAAAAGAGUUCCUCACAUUCCAAGGGUGGCUAAUACCACUCUCAUUUAACAUAUUCACAAGCUGUUAACUUGGUAAGGAAAGACUAUUCAUGUGUUAUUCCUUGGAUAUAACACAUGAUAGGCGGCAAAGGCAAUAAAUACACCCACAUGGUAUUUGAAUUUAAUACACUUUAAAUAAGAUUAUUGAAUGAUCAUGGUAUGAAAUUGCAAAGUGGAUAUGAACUUCAUAUUUUGCACAAACCCAUUUUGAUUGUAGAAGUUCCCAGUAAUAAAAACAAACAUGCAUGUACAUAAAUACAUAUUAUACAUACACACACCAGUUUGAAAGUUUUUAUUAUACUCUCUGAACUAAUCAUGAAUAAGUAAUUUUUUCUAUCUGUAUAAUUUUUUACACCUGAUUUUUUUGUAACUCAAUUAAAUAUUGCAUCUCA